AUGAGGUCUUUUCUCACAGCCGUGUCCCUUCUGGGCUUCCUCGCUCUCCCAUCACAGGCCCAGAAACCGCACCACGACGUCGACCCUGCCCAUUUCCCCGGCAUCACCCCCAGCACCGAGCUCGUGUGGCAUGAUUGCUAUACCGUCUUCAAGUGCGCUCGAUUGAAAGUCCACGCCAAAGUCACCGAUCCCCGGAAGCCUAAAAAAGUCAAGGGGAACUGCGGCCAGCCAACCGUUGACCUUGCUAUCGUCAAGCUCCCCUACGUCCCCGUCUCCGGCGGCCCCCCUCACCAGGGUGCCGUUCACGUCUCCCUCGGCGGCUGGAGUUCGUCGUCGACCAACUUCCUCGUCCGCUUCGGCGAAGACUACGCCCCCUUGUUCGCGGGUUAUGAUCUCAUCGCCAUUGACUACCGCGGCUGGGGUUGGACAACCCCGGCCUUCCGCUGCUUCGCCUCCGAGGAAGAACGAAAACAGUUCGCACUCUCUGAGCCACAGCUCCUCGGCACCGACGACGCGGCCUACACCGCGAGAGAGAAGCGUGCGGAGGACUUCGCAAAGAGGUGCAAGAAGAACGGCGAGGACGUCGGGAGGUUCAUGGGCACAUACUCCAACGCUGUCGACCACUAUACCGUCAUGAAGGCCGAUAACCGUACCAAGAUGGGCUUCUGGGGCAUCUCAUCGGGGGCUCACCUGGGGCAGACGAUUGCGAAGGUGUACCCGGAGGUCGUCGACAAGUUCCUCUUUGACAGCCCCGCGCCGUCUUCGCUCGCGUACACCGUCACGACGGCCCAGCCAUCCCAAAUCAAAGACGCAGAACGCGGCCUCGACGCCUUUUUCUAUACAUGCCUCCAUGCGCCGGCAAACUGUUCCUUUGCAGGAUCCUCCACCACGACGGCCGAGCUCCGAUCCCGCUACACCGCUCUCGAAACCAAACUUAAGACCAAACCCCUCGGUGGAACUGGCACGGACAAGAAGUUUGACUGGUCGGCCUUACACUCCUUUCUCACCAUUGCGAUCCACGGCCCCGGGUGGUUCCCCGUCUUGAGCAACGUUCUUACCGAGGCCGAAACCGGCGCGGUGGGCGGCUGGAUCGGCUACGUCCUGACGAGCGUCCUCCACCAAGUCCCGGCGCCGCUACCUCUCCUCACCGAGGACGCCCCCUUUGAAGGAAUCCUCGCCGGCGUUUGCACGGAUGAGUUGCGUCAUAUCAAAAGUAAAGACGACUUCGAAUCCUAUUUCAAGUCCAUGACGGACGCGGCACCCAGCGUGGCGUCCAUCUUCUCUGAGUGGCGCCUUGUCUGUUCCAAGUGGAAGAUCGACCCGGUCAACAGGCUCGACGACACGUCCGGCGGGCCCGUCAGGACGCAGGGCAAGUUCGUGGUGCUCAACGGCGUCGGCGAUCCGGCGAGCAGCGUCGAAGGGGCCAAGGGCGUCGUGGCGCGGUUCUCGCCGGGCGUCCUAGUCAAGACCCUCGCUGCCGGGCAUACCAGCUUCGCAGCGACCAGCAAUUGCUUGUUUGGAGUUUUCUACACGUUUUUCGUUCUCGGGCAGAUGCCUGCCGAGGGGACGACGUGUGGUGAUUUGUUUACGGCGCCCUUCGGGGUCCAACUGCCCCCAAGCUUCUGA